AUGGAUCCUCCCACUCACUCAUCACAUACGCAUACCGGGGAUACGCCGGCCUCUGAUGCAAGCCCCGCUGUCGGUCGUGCGGGAAGCGUCUCGGCGCACUCGCAAGAUUCGCAGACUGCUGCCGACUUUCUUCGCGACCAGCUCCAGCUUGAAGCCGAGGCUCGAGAGGCCCUACCAUAUGCCUUUGAUUCUUGUACCAACAUGCUUGGAUCUCUCAAGCAGAGUGUCUUCUCUUGCCUUACCUGCAACCCUCCUCCGAAAGACGUGAACGCGCCGUACGAAGCCGCCGGCGUCUGCUACGCCUGCUCGAUCCAAUGCCACGGCGACCACACUCUCGUUGAAAUUUUCGCGAAGCGCAACUUCACCUGCGAUUGCGGGACCACUCGCUUGCCUGCAACGGUCCCUUGCUCUCUCAGACCUAACCCCGAUACGGGAAAGAAGGGUGUACAUUCUGAGGAGCCGUUCGCGGGUGCUGAACCCAACGUAUACAAUCACAAUUUUCGCAAUCGCUUUUGCGCCUGUUCUUGCGAUUACGAUCCAUUCCAACAAAAGGGCACCAUGUUUCAAUGUCUGGGCCUUGGGACGCAUUUGACGGGCGGCUGUGGCGAAGACUGGUACCACCCUAGCUGUCUUUCUGGCGCUGGACCGAAAUGGCACGAGGGCACUACAAACCCCAAAGAUGCCAAGGUCAAGGCGGAGGGCGGCGAGGGAAGUGAAGGAGGUGAUGACUCCGAGGACCCUCCCCUGCCACCAGGCUUUCCCGAAGAAGAGAGCUUCGAUGGAAUUUUCUGCUACAAAUGCGUUGAGUCGAACCCGUGGAUUAAACGAUAUGCCGGAACCGAUGGUUUCUUGAUGCCCGUGUUCCUUGAGGGCAAUGUGGGGCCGGCGGUUCAGUCAACACUGGGAAGCGACUCUCUCGAGGGCGCCACCGAUAGCAAGAAGCGCAAAGCCAGUGAGCUCGAGGUUGAUGACACUGACGGACCAGACAAGCGCCCCAGGAGCUCUGCUGAUUCUGACUGCAAGCUAAACCGCUUGCCGCCGGCCCCUGCUGGGAAAUUCAGUCUCUUCUUCAAGCCGGAUUUCCGCGAUCAUCUAUGCCGUUGCAGCGAAUGCAGCGUGUACCUAGAGAAGUUCCCGCAGCUCAAGGAAGAGGAAGACAUCUACGAGCCACCGCUCUCUGAGGGCGGCUCAGAGAACGGAGCCUCUACUCAUGGGAGCGGCAGUCUCUACGAACGAGGCGAAAGCGCGCUCAAGAACAUUGAUCGCGUCCGGGCCAUUGAAGGCGUGAUGGCCUACAACAUGAUGAAAGAAAAGCUCAAGCCCCUCUUUGAGGCAUUUGCAGGCACCGGCAAGGCAAUUGGUGCCGAUGAUAUCAAAGACUAUUUCGCCAAGCUCCGUGGCGAUGAUGAAGCUAUUAAGAAUGCAGGCCAGGCGGCUGCCGCGUCAAAUUCGCACGAUGAGCAGGAUGUCGCCAAGCUCGCCGGAGAAUAUGAGCCCAUCGGUUGCACGAGGCUGGGCAAGACCGGCGGUCAGGCACCGGCCGUCGGGCAAGAUGAAGCCAACUUUCAGCGCGGUAUCGAGACCCGGCAGAUGGUCUUCCUCUCCCUCGCGGGAUCCAUUGGCGCCGGUCUCUUCGUGGCUUCCGGCUCGGCUCUUAGUUCCGGUGGACCUGGAAACACCGUGUUGAACUAUGGGGUAGUUGGCAUUAUGAUAUGUACAACCAUGGGCUCGCUCGGCGAACUGGCUACUACGUUUCCCGUUGCUGGCGCUUUCUACGAUUACGCCGACCGGUUCUUGGGCGAGCACUGGGGCUUCGCCAUCGGCUGGAUGUUUGUCCUAAACUGGAUCACGGUCCUGCCCUUCGAGCUUACGACUAUGGGUGCCCAAAUGAAGUUUUGGAUCCCCAACCUGCGCCCGGAAUGGGCCGUCGGCCCGAUCCUUUUCUUCAUCUCCUGUGGCUCGUUUCUCGGCUCCAAAGUGUUUGGGGAGAUUGAGCACUGGCUCGGUGUGGGCAAGGUGCUCGCUUGCACCGUCUUUCUUAUCGUGGCCAUCAUCACCGCUUCUGGGGGAAUACCCCAGGAUAAAAGUGUCUUACAAUGGAACCGAGCUCCUCGCCAUGACGGCGCGCGAAUGCAAAAGUCCCGAAAAGCCAUGCCUCUCGGCACCUACCUAGCCUUCUUCCGAAUCGCCGUCUUCUACGUCCUCGGCGUCUUCUGCCUCGGGCUCGUCAUUCCCUCGGACCACCCGGACCUCAGCCAAGCCGGCCACGGCGCCAAGUUCUCGCCCUUUGCCCUCGCCGCCCGGCUCGCCGGCGUCCCCGGCCUCGCCCACUUUUUCAACGCCAUGAUCCUCGCCGCUCUCCUGUCCAUGGCCAACAUGGCCGUCUUCGCCACCUCGCGCGCUCUCCAGGCCCUCUGCGCCAAGGGCAAGGGCCCUGCCUUCUUGUGCCGCGUCAACCGCAGGGGCAUCCCUUACCCGGCGCAAAUCCUCACCCUGUGCGCGGGCCUCCUCGCCUUCAUCAACGCCGCGCCGCAGGGUGCUCAGAUCUUUGAUUGGCUUCUGAGUAUCGCUGCCACCUUUGGUUUCUACGUCUGGAUCGCCAUUGCCGUCUCCCACGUACGCUACCGUCGUGCCCUUGCGCGCGCCGGCAUCUCGACCAAGUCGCUCGUGUUCGCCAGCCCUUUUGGUUUGUGGGGUUCUUACCUGACAAUAGUUGUCGGCACCUUCGCCCUCAUCGCGAAUCCACUCUCGGCCGCCUUCCCGCUCCAAAACUCGUCUGUGACGCCAACUAGUGUGAUGCGCGAGAACGUAGGCAUGCUCAUACCCUGGAUCCUUUGGGCCAGCCACUCCCUUGCCCACUACCUGAAGAAUAGGAAGAAUCCCAACCGUGAGAGAUGGUCGAUAUUCAAACCAUUAGCACAAGUUGAUGUCGUAUCUGGUCGGGUCACGAAGCCGCGACCCAUGGCUUGA